GGCUACUUUCUACUCUAAUUUCUGUUUCUGUUUCAUCAACGGCGCUCCAUUUCGCAAUGUCGCCGGCAGUCUUCCCCGACGAACUCAUCCGGGAAAUUCUGUCACGGCUUCCUGUGAAAACCCUAAUGCAAAUGAAUUGCGUCUGUAAGUCAUGGAAAUCCCUAAUUUCUAAUCGUUUCUUUUCCAAAUUGCACUCUCAUCGAUCUCCACGCAACACACAUCUUGCAUUAGUUCCAUAUUGUAACAGACCUGACCAGGACAUGGACAUCAGUGUCAUUCCUUUCCCCUUAAGUGGCUUGUUAGAUAAUCCAUCAAUCUCCAUUGCUAAUCCUGAACACAGAUUGGGACGUUUGGAUUGCCGUGAGAUGGUUGGUUCUUGCAAUGGAUUGAUAUGCUUGCUUAGUUUGUCUGACAAGUAUGAAAGGACAUUCCGUUUUUGGAACCCUGCCACCAAAAAGAUAUCUGAAAAAUUAGGGUUGUUUUGCAAUGAUUCAUCUGAUUUUUUCAGGUUCGCAUUUGGUUAUGAUAAUUUAAUGGACACUUAUAAGCUUGUGGCAUUCUCUGCCAAUCAGGUUAAAGUUUUCGGUUUAGGUGAUAGUGUUUGGAGAAAUAUUGAAAGUUUUCCGUUUGUUCCUUUUGACGUUGAGUCUACGCAACUCCACUGCCAUCCGUUUGUGAAUGAAGGUGUUUAUGUGAGUGGUACUAUUAACUGGUUGGCUAUUCGAAGUGUGAUUGAUUAUAAAUGGAAAGAUAUUAACAUUGAGCAAUUUGUAAUUGUUUCACUUGAUCUGGGUACUGAGACAUACCGGCAGUUGCUACCACCUCGGGGCUUUGAUGAAGUGCCUUCGGUUGAGCCGGCUGUUACUGUGUUGAUGGAUUGUUUAUGUUUUUCACAUCAUUUUAAGGGAACACAUUUUGUUUUGUGGAAGAUGAUGGAAUUUGGAGUUCAAGAGUCUUGGAUUCAAUUCCUUAAAAUUAGUUAUGUGGAUCUUCGGAUUUAUCAUGGAGUUAGUGAGUCAUUUGAAUAUCAUUCUCAGUUGUUCUUGUUUCCGUUGGGUCUUUCGGAGAGUAAUGACACAUUAGUACUCGCAAGCAAUCAAGAAAGCUUUGCAUGUGAAGAAGAAAAAGCGAUUCUUUAUAAUUGGAGAGACAAUAGAGUAGAGCGGACUAGAUUUACUGAUGAAAUAUUGUGGUUUUUUACAAAGGGUUAUGUUGAAAGUUUGGUUUCACCAUGUUGAAAGACCACAAGCUCAAAUUCAAGCACAUCUGGGUGUUAUUGAUAGCCGAUCGCGUGGCAGGAAGAAAGGCGAAAAAGGUUUAUUAGAGCUCCAUUUUCUUUUGUUUUAGUAUUUUGAAAUUGCUUUGUAAGCAUUUCUAGAAAUUUACCACAAAAUAUUUGUGUAAGUGCCAAUGGAAGUCUCUAAAUAGUAAAUAUGUAAGUGAUUUAACCACAUAUUAUCUUUGACAUUUUGGUUUUUGCUCUUGUUAUCCAUCAUUUUCACACAAUUGAACUCCAUUUUAUCCAUUA